AUGUUACCACCGCCUCCUGUUGUUGCCCCGAGCCCUCCAACAUCCACUGAUGACUUGUUGAGGCAACUUAUUGAAUCCCAUAAUACUGCCACCAAGACUUUGAUCGCUCAUCAAGACGAGAAUGAUAUUGUGGUACGUAACCAUGGGGCUUCAAUCAGGAAUCUUGAGCAUCAAAUAUGGCAAGUUGUUAAACUUCUUACAAGCGAAAGGCAACUGGGGAUGUUGCCAAGCAACACUGUUCCUAACCCGAAAGAAGAGGUCAACAUGAUUUCUUCUACUUUUGUUGCCACUAGGAGUGACGAGGAUCUUGGUCCCAUGCUACCUCCUCCUACACCUGUUUGUGAGAUUGGACCGGAGACGUUAAUGGAAAAGACACAUGAUUCAUGUUCACAAAGUACCAUGCAUGUCCCACCUCCAGUUCACCCUCAUGUUUCUCUCACCGAUUCAGAACCUCAUGUCGCCAUCCUUAAGAGACAUCUUGUUGACUCUAAUGAAAAUCCUAUUCGGGUCCCUUACCCGAAUUUAAUGAUUCCUAAAGAGUCCCGUGAGAUUAGCAAACUCCUAGUGCAACUUAAGAAUGUCAAGAUUGAUCUUAGCCUUCUCGAUGCUUGUGUUUCCAUUCCUAAAUCUGCAAAGGCUAUCAAGGAUCUCUUGUCAAAGAAAGAGAAGCUGAAAGAGCUCUCUAAUGUCCCAAUCAAUGCCAAAUGCUCAGCUAGUCUUCUUAAUAAGCUUCCUAAGAAAUUGGGUGAUCCCGGAAAGUUUACCAUUCCAUGUCAUUUGAGGGAAAGUGAAGUUAGUAAUGCCCUAACCGAUCUAGGAGCAUGCAUUAACCUCAUGUCCUAUUCCUUGUAUAAGCGUUUAGGUUUCAAUGAUCUUAAACCAACUAAGAUGACUCUUAUGUUGGCAGAUCAAUCUCUUAAGUCACCUAUGGGGAUAGCGGCUAACAUGGUAAUGAGGGUUGGUAAGUUCCACUUCCCAGUGGAUUUCGUUGUUGUUGAUGUUAAACAAGAUCAUUAUGUUCCUUUUAUCCUGGGUAGACCCUUCCUGAACACCGCCACGGCGGUUGUUGAUGUUUUUGAUAAGACCCUAACCCUUAGGGUUGAUGAUAAGAAGGAGGUGUUCAAUGUCGAUAAGUCAUUUCUUACUUUUACUGAAGAAGACAUUGACACUAUCCAAGAGGUUUAUUCCAUUAAUCCUUCUGAGGGAAGCUCAGGUGACUAUGUAGUUGAGAUUACUCCUCAUGAGUCCUUGACCUCCCAGACUCCCAUGAUCCAUCCAUUUUUAUUCAAGAACUUAGACUCUUCUAAGCCCAUUGAGAUGAAAUGUGUUGAGUUGAAUGAAAUGGAAAUUUUUGAGGAAUUUGCGAACAACUUUCUUGAUGACACCCCUUUGGUCAAAUCUCUUUCUUUUUCUCAUGAUAAUUCUUCUCCUCUAAUUCCGUUGGGUGAAGGGACCCAAAUGUUGCAUGAAAAUCCAACUGUAGUGCAACAGGUCCCACUUCAUGAUCAUCCACCUUUCAUCAAUCUUUUUCAAACUAAUGAACACCAUGAAGGCCCAAUAGGAUUGGUGCCUCCUUCAGACCAUCUUCAUAUAUUUUCUUCUCAUUACAUAGAUCCAUUCUAUGGUUCUAAUGAGCAUAUCGGGUCGAGACAUCUUUUUGAGCAUCCCACAGAUGGCUCACACCUCUAUCAAAUGUCUUAUGCCUCGACCCAUUCUCCGGUUCCUACUAUGUCUUACCCCACUUAUGGGCCAUCACCCACAAGUGCGGGAUGUGCCACGGUAGGGUACAAAUAA